UCAUUAUCAUAUCAUUACUCAACUUUACGCCGGUGAAAUUGGAGUGGUAAGUCGCAAACAUGGUCGUCGUCUCACGAAACUGGCUGUACGUGAAAGAGUUCAAAGGAGAACCCAAGGAGGAAAAUUUCGAAUUGGUUGACGAAGAGCUGCCAACCCUUCAGGAUGGAGAAUUUCUGGCCGAAGCUGAGUAUCUCAGUGUGGAUCCCUAUAUGCGCCCAUACAUGGGAAGAUAUCCGGUUGGAAGUCUUAUGAUUGGUGGCCAGAUCGCGAAAAUAUUGCAAAGUAAAAACAAGGCAUUCCCUGAAGGAGUCCGAAUUUUCGGUCAGUUCGGUUGGCGCACCCAUACCAUUUUCAAUCCUAACAAAACCCAAGGCGAAAAACCAUAUGUUUUGCCGGACUUUGGAUCACUUCCAGCGAGUUUGGGUCUCGGUAUUUUGGGUAUGCCUGGUAAUACGGCAUAUUUUGGAUUUCUGGAAAUUUGUGACCCAAAAGAAGGAGAAACUGUUGUGGUUAGUGGAGCUGCAGGUGCCGUUGGUAGCGUAGUUGGUCAGAUUGCAAAACUGAAAGGUUGUCAAGUAAUUGGAAUCGCUGGAUCGGACGAUAAGUGCGAGUGGCUUAAAAAGCUUGGUUUUGAACACGCCAUUAAUUAUAAAACACAGAAUAUUCUCGAAGAACUGAAGAAAGCUGCUCCUAAGGGUAUUGAUUGUUAUUUUGACAACGUUGGUGGAACUAUUACCGAAACAGUGAUUCGACUGAUGAAUUUAAAUGGGAGAAUCUCAGUAUGUGGCACUAUUUCGAACUACAAUAGUGUUCCAGUCCAAGUAGCUGAUCCCCAGAGAGAUUUUGUUUUCAAGCAGUUGAAGAUGCAAGGAUUCAUUGUCAGCCGAUGGGGCCAUCGUUGGUUAGAAGGCAUCAAUGCAAAUCUUAAUUGGAUUAGACAAGGAAAACUUCAGUACGAAGAAACAGUCACAGAGGGAUUUGAAAAUAUGCCGAAAGCUUUCAUGGAUAUGUUAAAAGGAGGCAAUACUGGUAAAGCAAUUGUUAAAGUGUAGAUAAUUAUAAAUAAUAAUAAAAAUAUGUAUUCGCUAUUUAUAUUAAAAAAUGUUUCAUGUACGACCGCUUUUGCAUUUUCCCUCCCACCAUUAAAAUUAUCUCGAUCUCCA